UUGGGAAGGAAACAUGGAGCUGCCGGAAAUGUCAGACGACGUGAUUUACUGUAUUAUUCUUGUUGCAUCGCUGCCAAUAGCUCAUGUCGUCAAGCUAUGUAACAAUUCAUUAUCCAAGAAGGCAAUAUGUACCGUCAUGGGAGUGUUGAUCGUCUGUAUCACUUGUGGAUGGCACAUUUUUCACUCGAUCGUGACCACCCUAGUCAGCUGCAUCCUGAUAAAGCUAAGCGGACCGCGGAAAUGCCACACUUACUUAUUCUUUUGGGGAUUUGGGUACCUGCUGUUUUUCCGUACCUGUCACUACAUAGGAUUACCACAAGCACCAGCACUGUCUAAUGCUGUACAGCUGCUUCUUACAUUAAGGAUGGUGGGAAUUGGUUUUGAAAUCCACGACACACACACCUCCUCCAAGAGAGAAGAUUGUUCAUCAGAAGAAAUGCAGCUUAAGAAAAAAUAUCAGGAGGUUGAGCCUUCAUUUGUCGACAUCUUCCUGUAUGCUUUUUGUUUCCUUGGGCAAUUUACAGGUCCUUAUUACAAGUUCAGGACAUACCUCGACAUGAUCAACAAUGACCGGUCGGCAGACAUUCCUACACUGGAUGCUUUUAUGACAAGAAUGAAAGCAGUUCCUCUCCUCAUCGCCAUAUUUAUUGGAUUCUCAUAUUUUUUCAGCUUACAUUAUGUGACAACAGAUGAGUUUUUCACACAUUCCUUUCUGUUCCGACUGUUCUACAUGGUACCCAUGUUCACAAUAUUCCGUGCCCGGAUGUACAUUGCUUGGCUGGUGUCGGAAUGUAUGUCAAUGGCGUCCACACUUGGGGCAUAUCCAGUGCAGUGUAAAGCUAGAUGUGGAAAAGGCCCCACAGAUCUGGCAGCAUUAGAAGAAGCAAAAUCUAAAGAUGUAAAAGAUAUAAAGUACGAUUUUGAAACAAUACACAAUUUGGAUAUCUAUGGCUGUGACAUGGCGCCAAGAGUGCGGGACGGACUGAGAAGUUGGAACAUGACAGUUCAGUACUGGUUAGCUUCCUGUGUGCACCAAAGAGUUCCAAAAAGUCUAGCACCAUUCAAAGUUGCUAUAACGAUGGGUGUAAGUGCGUUUUGGCACGGUGUCCAUCCCGGAUAUUACCUCAGCUUUGGACUCGUGCCCAUCUUUGUUGCUGCAGAAGACAGGAUGGUACGCGUCUUCAAAAAAGAGGGCGAUGCAGGCAAAAUGUUUGAUUGGGUGAACUGGUUCUUAAAGAUGCGUGCGUUUGAUUACAUGUGCAUGGGUUUCCUCUUACUUCGACUUGACUACACCCUAGGAUAUUGGCGUUCUGUCUACUUCAUUGGCCACAUAAUGGGGGUCAUUUUUAUAGUCAUAGGUCGUCUUAGACCUUUACCAAAGAGUGAGAAGAAAAAGGAGUGAAAACGAUAUACAGAACCGUGUGUAAGGGAAAAAGAUUUAAGAUAUACAUGUGUUAUAUUUCUUUAAGUUGAUGAGAGAAAUAGUUAAAAACUGUUAACUAUUUUGGUUUGUAUGCUAGCUUAUAUACUUUAAAAAUUAUAUAUGGAAGUGAUAUUUGAGGGAUACCCUGAAUGAUUUUUGAUGUUUUAACUGUUUUCAGCUAGUAAGUUAUGAAAAUUGUCAUACUAAAUUGAGAGUACGAUGUUUAGGUAACCUUUAAGUAUAGAAUGAUUGUAUGUAUUUCUGAUGUUAUGGAAGAUAUGGCACUAAUGCUUUAUCUAUGUAAAAUUGACAAUUGUCACUGAUGUGACGGAGU